AUGUCUCACUAUCUUAUAAUCAUAAUCUUUGUCUCCAUGGUCUGUGUAUUCGCUAAUAUUUUUACUAGACCAUGUCUGCCAACAAGAAUAAACUAUAGGGUCCAUUACACAUGUCUAGAAACGGAACAAGGUAAAUACAAUGAUCGGAUAGCAUUACUGAGAGGUGAACCGUCAUCAUUCGCACGUAAAGGAUUUUAUGAUCGAUUAUUCAGGUGUUUAGUUUGUUACUACACAGUUCUUCUUCGAUUAAGAAAUCCACACGGCUGCUACUUGCAAGGAAAAUCAUGCCCAGCAUCCUUAGGAUAUCAAUCCCUUAGGGGAUUCUACUUUAUUAAGCAUCGCUUCGUGAUUGAACGAGUAUCUGGCCCUUACAAUGACUCGCGGUAG